GCUACACUGUCGAUUUUACGAUAGUGUAGUAACAGGACCCUUGGCUGCGGAAGAAGCGUUUUCGGAAAAGCAAUAGUGUUCGAGGACCACAUUAGCUACUCCGUUAGUUGGUAUAAUAUUAGCUACACAUUAUUCAUGGGUAUGUGACUUUUCUCGUGAAAAUAAUACUUUUUGAACUGUCUUGUGUUACUUAUGAGUAUCGGCUUCUGGCAACACUGAUUUAAGACUUAUAAGCAUAUAGCAAUUAUUAGCAAUACGUGAUUUAGCGGCAAGGUGGUCGAAAAACAAAAUAGGAAAAAAAAUUUUAAAAGGAGUAAUUGGAAAAGAUAAUUAUUAUUUUUUCAAAAGCUUCAUUAAAAUGAAGUCGAGUGAAGAUUCUCCUAAAACUCCCGGUGGAAUUAGCAAAACCCUAUUGACACCUUGUAGGCGCUUAGGUUUAUCCAGGAAAUUUAAUAAAAAAGGACCAUCGCCUUUUAUUUCGCCAUUAUCCAGAAGCCAGAAUAGCACGGAAAUUACAAACGUGUGUAAAAAGAGAAAGAUAUGUAGCACCAGUGAGGAAUCAGCUUUUUUACCUCAAUCCCCUGAAAAAACAGUAUUAGCUGUACAUGAAACUAUUGCAUGUAUUUCAUCACCCACUCACAUUAGUGACACGCCGUCACGAAAUAUCCCUGUUUCUAAGAAAAAUUCCAAAGUAUUUUUAAUGAUGCAAAAUGUAGAUGCAAAUAACAAAGACGUCAUAACAAAAAAUACAGAAAUUGUGCGUAAAUCGCCCCAAAACAAUAAUAAAACACUUUCAAAAUUGUCAAGAGUGAAUUCAAAAAAAAAGUUAAAAACUAUUCCAGAACCUGAACCAAGUAAUAUUUUAAAUGAAAUCUUUAAAGUAGAUGGUACUAAAGCCAAUGAACUUAAUGUUAAAGAACCUAAGAACUUAAAUAAGGAAUGUAUUGUUCUUAUACAAAAAAAAAUGUUAAAAUCCCUCAAAACACACCAACAAGAUGACAAUAAUUCACACAAAAACAAUGUAAAUACAUCUGUUUCACAGACACUAUUUGAUUCAGAUUCGGAUGAUUUGCCUCUUUGUAAUUUAAAUAAAAAUCAAGAUAGUGAUUUUGUCAAUACAAUGUUGGUGAAAAAGAAAACUAGCCCUAAAUCUAUUCCCAAUGUAAAUAAAAUAAAAAAAAUUAAACCAAUAUCAGAAAAAAAAACUUUGCAAAAAUCAUUUGAUAAUGAUGACGAUGACUUUGUAUCUACUAAGAGAACCAUUUUAGUAAAAAAUACUUAUGAGAAAGUGGUCAAACCAUCCAAAGCAAAGUCUACAGGAUCAAUAACUCAAAAAGACAUUGAUGAAUUAAAACAUAGAAUUGAGAUGAAAAAAAAACUCAUAAUUGCUAAAGCAAUGACUGAGGAUACUGAAGAACUUAGGAAGUUAAUUAAAAAGUGGCAAAAAGGCUGUCAAGAGGCACUGUUUGAACUUUUUGAUCUUAUGAAAAAGAAGUUCCCAGAUAGUCAGAAUAUGGAUUAUUCCGAAAUAUUAAAAACUUUAAAAAUACCUCCAGAACUAGUUGGUUAUGAUAUAGAAAAUGACUGCUUUAUUACUCCAGAUGAUAAUAGUAUUAUUUUAUCAAGUAUAAACACUUAAGUUGAAUAAAAUAUUUUCUUCAACAAGUAAGCUACUUUACUCUUAAU